UUAUUACAACCAUCAAAUAAAGCAAAAACCAAACAAGAAAAUGGCGAGUACGGAAGCUCUCUUACCCGUAACGUCCCGACAAGAUCCAUUAUCCGAGUCAAGAUCCGACCAGAUCCCGGAGACUCGUCGGAGAAGACCCAUCAAAGUCCAUCUCGCCGUUUAUUCCGGUUUGCUCUUGGUGGUUUUGUACGUCACUCUCAUCGUCACACACGACGGAUCCACCUCACAAAAUGGAGCCAGGGAUGAAACAGAGACAAAGUCACGUGCCCGUAUGGCUGGCGUGUCGGAGAAGACCAACGAACGGGUUUGGAGAUUAUCCGGUGAUGGUAAAACUGAAGCGUUCCCGUGGAACAAUACUAUGUUGUCGUGGCAACGCACGGCGUUUCAUUUCCAGCCUGAGAAAAAUUGGAUGAACGAUCCUAACGGUCCAUUGUUCUAUAAGGGAUGGUACCAUUUCUUCUACCAAUACAACCCAAAUGCAGCUGUGUGGGGUGACAUUGUUUGGGGUCACGCCGUGUCAAAGGACCUUAUCCAUUGGCUUUACCUCCCAUUAGCCAUGGUUCCUGACCAAUGGUAUGACGCAAACGGUGUCUGGACCGGUUCAGCCACUUUUCUUGAUGAUGGCUCCAUUGUCAUGCUCUACACCGGUUCCACUGACAAAUUCGUUCAGGUUCAAAACCUUGCCUAUCCUGAGGACCCAAGCGACCCACUUUUAUUGAAAUGGACCAAGUUCUCCGGCAACCCUGUCCUCGUACCACCGCCAGGUAUUGGUGCAAAGGACUUCCGCGAUCCGACGACAGCCUGGAAGACAUCGGCCGGAAAAUGGCGAAUCACCAUCGGCUCCAAAAUCAAUAGAACCGGGGUAUCUCUAGUUUAUGACACUACCGAUUUCAAAACCUACGAGAAACGAGAGACCUUGUUGCACCAAGUUCCCAACACCGGCAUGUGGGAGUGUAUUGAUUUUUACCCGGUGUCGAAGACUAAAGUCAAAGGGCUAGAUACUUCAGUCAAAGGACCAGAUGUAAAGCAUAUUGUGAAGGCUAGCAUGGACGAUACCAGAAUUGAUCACUAUGCCAUCGGGACGUAUUAUGAUUCAAACGGUACAUGGUUUCCGGAUAAUCCUUCUAUUGAUGUUGGAAUCAGUACUGGUUUGAGAUAUGAUUACGGGAAAUUCUACGCGUCAAAGACGUUUUACGAUCAAAAUAAGGGACGGAGAAUCUUAUGGGGUUGGAUUGGUGAGUCUGACAGUGAAGCUGCUGAUGUACAGAAGGGUUGGUCCUCUGUUCAGGGCAUCCCAAGAACUGUUGUCUUGGACACUAAGACGGGGAAAAACUUAGUCCAGUGGCCAGUUGAGGAAAUCAAAUCUUUGAGACUAAGUAGCAAGAAAUUCCACAUGAAGGUUGGACCAGGGACCAUGGUUCCUGUUGACGUGGGUUCCGCGGCUCAGCUAGAUAUAGAAGCUGAGUUCAAGAUCAAGAAGGACGAUCUUGAAAUCAUCUUUGGAGACGACUCCGUGGAAGGCGACAAGGAAUUCAGCUGCCAAAACAGCGGUGGCUCCACCGUGCGUGGGGCUUUAGGACCUUUCGGGUUCUCUGUUCUCGCUGACCAAAGCUUGUCGGAACACACUCCGGUUUACUUCUACGUGACUAAGGGAAAAGAUUCAAAACUCAAGUCUUACUUCUGCACUGACACUUCAAGGUCGACCAUGGCAAACGAUGUUGUUAAACCAGUCUAUGGAAGCUUCGUACCGGUCUUAAAAGGAGAGAAAUUGACAAUGAGAAUUUUGGUGGAUCAUUCGAUAGUAGAAGGAUUCGCACAAGGUGGAAGAACAUGUAUUACUUCAAGAGUAUAUCCCACAAAAGCCAUCUAUGGAGCUACGAAGCUCUUCUUGUUCAAUAACGCCAUCGAUGCGACCAUUACGGCGUCGUUUAAGGUUUGGCAAAUGAACAGUGCUUUUAUUCAUCCUUACUCUGCAGACGAUCUUUGAUGUUCCAGCUUGCGACACCUGAUUAUUUUCAAAUAAGAAGAGAAUCAAUUUUUCUCUUCUCUUUUUUUUUUUUUUUUUCCUUUCGUUUUGGUGAUGUUGUUAAUUAUAGAAUGGAUCUGAUUUGAUCUGUGUGAUUAUUCAUCAUAUUGUGAGUGAAGAAAAGGAAAUAAUUUUCUCUUUUCCUAGAGAAAGUAGGGUUCGUUCAUUUAUCAUUAGUUCAAUAUGGGACAUAUUGUAAUUUGAACUAAUAUGGGACAUAUUAUAAUUUGAACUAUUAUGGGACAUAAUAAUA